CAGCCUGCUGGUCACAUGAGCCCCGCGGCCUCCCACCCCUUCCCAGGGUAGAAGCAGCUGGAACAGCCUGAACCCUCUGAGGGACAGGCGGCUUCAGGACCCCCGGCCCGGCUGCUCCUCUGCCUUCCAGGCCCCACGAGGUCAGGAGACGCACUUUGGGGAGGGCCCAUCCUGCCCUCCACCCAGGCCCCCCGUCGGCCCUGGACUGAGCAUAAGCAUCCCCAGGGCCCCGUGGUGCCACGACCCAGUGCCCUCGGUGCUAUACGGCAGGCCCUGUGUCCCAGGACGGGCAGCCCAGGUCCCUGGUCACCCAGCACACGGGACAGGAGGACACAGCGAUGCCCGACUCGCCCGCCGAGGUCAAGACCCAGCCCCGGUCCUCGACCCCAGAGAUGCCACCCCCGCUGCCCAUCACGGCCCAGGGGGCCACACGGCUCCCCUCCUUUACGCCUCACACACAUCGAGAGGACGGGCCUGCAACGUCCCUGCCGUCCGUGCCGCACGGCCGUUUUCAUGGCUGCUUAAAGUGGUCUAUGGUCUGCCUCUGUAAGUUGGCAGCACUCUUGGCACCUAAUGCCACGGUGACCCCCAGGAGCCAGGAGGCAGUGCUAGCCGCCCACCGGGCCACAGGGACACUAGCUACUGCUGGAUGUGCCACCGAGGGCCAAGCCCAGGGUGGGCAGGCGGGAGGCUAUCGGCGGAGGGGCAAGCGAGGCAGUGACCCCGACAGUCUCUUCCUCACCACCCUGCAGCAGUUCGGAGGGGACAUCUCGCCGGAGAUCGGGGAGCGCGUGCGUGCACUGGUGCUGGGGCUCCUGAACUCCACGCUGACCAUUGAAGAGUUCCACUCCAAGCUCCAGGAGGCCACCAACUUCCCACUGCGUCCAUUUGUCAUCCCCUUCCUGAAGGCCAACCUGCCCCUCCUGCAGCGGGAGCUGCAGCUCUGUGCCCGCCUGGCCAAGCAGACACCCGCCCAGUACCUGGCCCAGCACGAGCGGCUGUUGCUGGGCGGCCCCCCCGCCCCGGCCGACUGCGCCGAGCUCCUGCUGGAGGUCAAGGACAGCGGCAAGAGGAGCACCCCUGACAGGACCAAAGAGAAUGGGUCAGACCGUAACCCACUGCACCCCGAGCACCCCAGCAAACGGCCACGCACCCUGAGCCCCGGCCGUGGGCCCCUGCCCACACCCCCAGCCCAUCACCACCUGGAGGGCGUCACCUUGGGCCCGCACUUCCGGGACCCCCACCGCCACCCCGACCCUCGGGACCUGCGGGACCGCCAUCGGCAACUCGCCACGCCCAGGGCCUGGCAGGAAGAACCUAUGGACCACAGGCUGACGGAGCGCGAGUGGGCGGAGGAGUGGAAGCACCUCAACAGCCUCCUCAGCUGCAUCAUGGACAUGGUGGAGAGGACACGGCGGUCACUGACCGUGCUGCGCCGGUGCCAAGAGGCCGACCGCGAGGAGCUCGCCCACUGGGCCCGGCGCUACAGCGACUCUGAGGACAUGAAGAAGGGUCCCGCGGCCCGGCCCCUGAGCAGCUCCGCCAGCCCUGAGGGGUCUCAGGCAGACCCCCACCGGGACCUCACACCCAAGACUCCGUGUGGCUAUAUGCCUGAGGACAUCUGGAGGAAGGCUGAAGAGGCUGUGAAUGAAGUGAAGCGGCAGGCCAUGUCAGAGCUGCAGAAAGCCGUGUCGGAUGCAGAGCGCAAAGCCCACGAGCUCAUCAGUACGGAGCGCGCCAAGAUGGAGCGGGCCCUGGCAGAGGCCAAGCGGCAGGCCUCAGAGGAUGCCCUGACUGUGGCCAACCAGCAGGAGGACUCCAGCCAGAGCUGCUGGAACUGCGGGCGCAAGGCCAGCGAGACGUGCAGCGGCUGCAACGCGGCGCGCUACUGCGGGGCCUUCUGUCAGCACAAGGACUGGGAGCGGCACCACCACGUGUGCGGCCAGAGCCUGCGGGGCCCUGCGGCCGCCGUGGCUGACCCUGUGCCUGGGCCCCCUGGUGCCGCCGCCAGCCCGGGCCCUUCCCUGCCCUCGGGCACCGCCAGCCCUAGUGAGGGCGGCUCCGUGGGGCCUUCUCGGCCCGGCUCCCCUGGCCCACCCGGCCCCCUGGACGCAGUGCCCCGCUGACCCCGGCUGUGUGCUGGCUGUUGGGCAGAGAGCCACGGUCACUGCUGCUACUGCAUCUCUCCAAAACAAGGCAACCAACGGGCCUGCCCGACGCCGCAUCCUCGGCUGCCUAACGGCCGCACGCCACAACACCUCCUCGGCCUCUCCUCUGUGCCCAAGCUGCGGAGUGGCGCACUGGAGCUGGCUCUGUCCGCCCCAUCUCUCCUGCCCUACUUUUCUAGCUCUGACUUCCACACACUUGGUCUUUAACAGACGUUUUCUGCAAGUUGUUUUGUUGGCAAAAGAAGCCACUCAGAAACGGACAAAGAAAAACGGCUCUCCCCUUCCUGAUUACAGAGGCAAGUGGGAAACUCCUAGCCGGAGGUCUGAGCCGCGUGGCCCUGGCCGCUCCCGGGUGUCAGGAGAAACCACAGAUGGGAGAGAAGACUUCAAUGCCGACUCAAGAAGCAUUUUUGGUUUCAGACUUAUUCUCCUUUAUCACCAGACUCUGACUCUAAGUAAAAAUCCAGAAAGUUCUAGAAAAGCACAGGACGCACACCUGUGAGCUGCCUUGCAGCCAGCCAGCCGGGGCACUGGGCAUGCCCCCCUCCAAAGGAAAUCCAGACCCAGACACCUCGCCUCUGCCAAAGCGCUCAGCCCACUCCCUGGGCUGUCACUGUCGGUCUCUCCUCCCGGUCGCAUUCAUGUUUGUGGCCAGGACACAGGUUGGGAGGGCUUUUGCCCAGCUGGACCGACCUUGUCUCCUCCUGGCCAGCCGGCACUGCCACUGCUGGGUCAGGCCGUGAGUGCGGGACCGUGCCUGUGGGGUGUGCACCUGCUGGGGUCCCACGGCUGUGCACUUCACGUGGGGACGUCCCUGCCUGUCCUCACCUCUGCGACUUUCAUGUCACGUUCCUCCAUUGCGUCCUACCCAGAGUGUGAGCCAUCCUCUGGCUGGGCACUGGCCUUGUAGCAGGAGGGGCGCCCUGCCCUGCUCUACCUCUCCCCUGCCCACCUCCACCCACGUCUCGCCUCUCCUUCCCGCCAGACUUCAGGACGAAACCCUGUAGACCAGAACCGCCUGCCCGCUCCCCUGUGAAGACGGAACCUGGUGUAAAUGGCCCCUCGUCCCGGCCAGCGCUCCAGCAGGCCCUGGGCGUGGCAGGGGGACAGCUCUUGGCCCUGCCCUCCCACCUCCCUCUGCGACUUGGAGGAGAGAUGGAGUCAGGGAGCUCACGUUGCACCAAGGGGACAGAUGGCGGCCCUGUGUCGGAGCUCAGGACACAAGCGGACUUCGGAGCCACGCCCUGCCGCGGCCGGGGUAGACAGCUGCGGCGGUGUGAAUGUGCGGUCCUCGGCGGUCUGGUGCGGUGCCCAGUGACUGCGUUUGCCGAAUAAAGGCUCGGCCGCAGCAGGACGUGGUGCUUAGCAAGUGGGUCUCCAGAGGGACCUGCACGGUCCUGGGGGCCAUGGUCUGCUCACUUUCCU